AUGCUUAUUCGAGCAGGCAGGGAUGCACGGGAAGUAGUUGCAUCUAUAAUAGAGACGUACGCCAAAGAGAGAAAUAUGUCACUCACACGGGAAAAUAAGGAAAGGCUUUUGCAGCACUUGCUGCCAUACAUGAAGCAAUCAUUAAAUAUUCCAUCCACACUUGAAAUAAAAGAACUCUCCAGGAACCUCCUGAGCGAAGAGAAGCACAGCAGGAUCGAAGCAUUAUUAAUGAAUAGCACGGCGGAAAUAAGAAAAGCAAUCUACUUCUUAUUUAAAAUUAAGCAAAUGGGAAUAAUUCUGUCAGAUAUUCCAAUAGACCCAGAGAUAGUCGCAUUCUCUGGAGUUAAAAAUGCAAGCAUUGGAAUAUACAUGUCGUGGUUUAAGGAAAUAUCUGAUGGAAAUGCAGCCCGAGUGAAGAGACAAAUAGGGGUGGGACUGUUUGAUAUAUGCUUUACAGUGUACAAUGCAGGGAAGGAAUACUUGCACCUUCGGGAGAUGUGCUUCAAAGAUGGAUCUCCUUUGGUGAAGUCAUUUCUCUUGGUGGUUUCCAUGCACUUGGAUGCGUACAGGGAGAGUGUAUACGCAGAAGAAGUCGAUAGUUUGUUUGCAUUUUACAUCAGGCACAACAAGAAGAUGAAGUGGGUCCAUAGACUUGGCCACUUAGUACAGGAGAUUAUGCUGCAUGACGAGCAUGGAAGCCUUGGGACAGUGCAGUUUGUUGAGAAGCUAAGGGAGUCCCCAUGGACAGAGUUCCUGGCAGAUGAAGUGCUUGAGAAGUACAAGAAACCACUGUCUGAUGAAGUAGUAAAAUGGCUUGAAGGAUAUUCCAUUGCUAACUCAUUCAUAGUAGAGAAUGACACAAAAGAAAUCUGGCAGUCAUUUGUGCUCCUGGAAAAAGAAAUACCAGUGUCACUUUCCAUUAAAACAGCCAAGCAAAUAUUGUACAUUGGGAAAACAAAAAGAAUUCUUCCAAUGCUCAGGGCACAAAGUGAGCUUUGCUUGGCAAAUAUUCCGCGGGAUGGUAUUUUCAAUAAGGAGUGGAUAGGAAGUGUAUACGCACUCUCACAAGAGAGAAUUAAAAAAGAAUUAUUCCUAGAGUACAAAGCGUAUGAGCAUCUGAGGAUAAUCCGGGAUGUAUUCUUUCUGUUUAGAAGUGACUUUGCGUACAGCCUGGUUGGGUUGCUUGAUCAUCUGGAAGAGUGCCCGGUUGAUGCAGUUUCUGUGGAUGAAAUAUUGGACGGGUGCUUUGGUCAGGAGGCAGCAGAGUUUGUGGAUGUGAUGGUUCAAGGAAAUGAGCUUUCCUUAGUCUAUAAAGAAACCUUUCCUUAUAGCAUCAUAGUUGGAAAUAUUUCAGAAAUACUUCUUUCUGGGUUUGAACUAUUCUGGAAUCUGCGCAGGGUUAUAUACAGUGUCUGCAAGAUGUACAAAAAUAGCAGGACACCUGCCACAUUCGCGCUUGCCUGCAGGGCUGGUGAAAUUGAGUACUACUACUUUGAGAAGGUAGUUCAUGCUCUGUGGUCCUUUAAAGAUCUCCCUGAAGAGAUUCUUUACAAUCCUGAGAAAAUAUCAAAAAAGAUCGAAGAUAUGUUGUGCCACUUGAUUUCCACCUGCAAAGAGACAUGCACACUUUCAAUUCUGCAUAAAAUACAGGAAGUGCUGCUACAGCCAGUCACUAGCCAUAAUAUCCAUAUAAUAGACAAUUUGUUGCAAAGAAUAACAUCUGAAUAA